AUGCCGCGUGACACUUCAGCGAGUGGAGCGUUGGUGCCGAGCGACUCGGCGGCGAUGGUGGCUGCCGCGACGGCAGCGACGAUGGCGGCGGGGAAGCUUCCAUUCCCGCUGCUCACGAGGACGAACUACGCGGCAUGGGCGAUGAGGAUGAAGUACCUCUUGCGCGCCAAUGGCGUGUGGGGUGCCGUUGAUCGCGAGGCCACGUCCUCGGAGGUCGACAAGGGCAAGGAGGAGAUGGCCAUGACGAUCAUCUCCCAGUCCAUCGACGACUCGACGCUGCUGCGAGUUGCGGAGAAGGAGACCGCGGCCGAUGUGUGGGCGGCGCUACGCUCAAAUGCAUCGAGGUUCACGACGCUCGUGGGGCUCAUCCGUGAGCUCGAUGAUCAGAUGGAGGAGAAGUACGUCGUGAAGAAGCUGCUGCGAGCCGUCUCCAACAAGUUCAUCCACGUUGCUUCGUCGAUUGCAUUGUUCGGUGACACGAACAAGAUGGCCAUGGAGGAGGCCAUUGGUUCACUCAAGGCGCACGAGGAGCUCGUCAAGGGGCGGGAGACGGCACGUGAAGAAGAGCAGCUCCUCAUGGCGAGAGGGCAUGACUCAUUGCGAGGACGCGGCCGUGGUGGCCGUGGCCGUGGCCGCGGACAUGGCCAUGGUGGAGGGCGCAGAGACAAGAGCGAGGUACAGUGCUAUAACUGUGAUGACUUUGGACAUUUUUCUUGGGAGUGGCCAGAGAAGAAGAAGGAGAACGAGGAGAAGGCGCUGAUGGCCGGCUACGGCAGCGACGGACCGGCUCUUCUUUGA